GGGAAAUACCCCACGAAAUUGAAUUGAUUGCCACUUUCCAUUACAGUCUUUGGCUUUAUCCUUCUUAAACCCAUCUUGUGUUUUCUCAGUUUCAUAUGAAAAAAAUAUAACUUGAUUCGAAAAGGAAGGAACUUGGGACUUGUUUCGCUCGGAGAUGGCGUUUCCUAAGGUUGAUUUUGAGGUUGGAGCUGAUGGGGUUGCUGUCAUCACUAUGGGCAACCCACCCGUCAAUGCUUUGGCCAUUCCAAUUAUCAUGGGGUUGAAAGAUAGAUUUGAUGAGGCAGCUAGAAGGAAUGAUGUGAAAGCUAUAGUUUUGACUGGCAAAGGUGGGAGAUUUUCUGGUGGCUUUGAUAUCAGUGUUAUGAAGAAAGUUCACGAUACUGGGGAUUCCUCGCAUCUCCCUGAUGUCUCCGUGGAACUAGUAGUCAAUGCGAUUGAAGAUUCGAAGAAGCCUGUUGUUGCAGCAGUAGAGGGGCUUGCUCUUGGAGGCGGCUUAGAACUUGCUAUGGGAUGCCAUGCACGUAUUGCGGCUCCGAGAGCUCAAUUGGGUCUACCAGAGCUGACUCUUGGUAUUAUUCCUGGAUUUGGAGGAACACAACGUCUUCCAAGGCUUAUUGGGCUGUCUAAAGCUGUUGAAAUGAUGCUGACAUCUAAACCUAUUACGUCGGAAGAAGGGAGGAAAUUAGGACUUAUUGAUUCCAUUGUGUCCUCUGAGGAGUUACUAAAGGUAUCUAGGUUGUGGGCUCUUGAAAUAGGAGAGAGGCGCAAACCUUGGGUUCGUUCACUUCAUAGGACAGACAAAAUCGGUUCCCUGUCUGAAGCACGUCAGGUGUUGGGAACUGCCAGGCAACAUGUCAAGAAGACCGCUCCACAUUUGCCUCAGCAGCAGGCUUGCGUAGAUGUGAUUGAACAUGGAAUAGUUCAUGGUGGCUAUAGUGGUGUGCUAAAGGAGGCAGAAGUGUUCAAGCAAUUAGUUGUGUCGGACACAUCAAAAGGUUUAAUUAAUGUCUUCUUUGCUCAGCGGGCUAUAACAAAGGUGCCUGGCGUAACUGAUAUCGGCCUUAAGCCAAGAAGUGUUAAAAAAGUUGCUGUUAUUGGAGGAGGUCUAAUGGGAUCUGGCAUUGCUACUGCUCUUCUACUAGGCAACAUUCGUGUCUUGCUCAAGGAAAUCAAUUCUGAAUUUCUUAUGAAGGGAAUAAAAACAAUAGAAGGAAAUCUUAAUGACUUAGUAAGAAGAGGAAAGUUGACGAAACAGAAGGCAGAUGCUGCACUGUCACUGCUUCAAGGUGUUCUGGAUUACACAGAAUUUAAAGAUGUGGACUUGGUUAUUGAGGCUGUAAUUGAAAAUGUCGGUCUCAAACAAACCAUAUUUAGUGAUCUUGAGAAGGUCUGUCCUCCACACUGCAUUUUAGCAUCAAACACAUCAACUAUUGACCUUAAUCUUGUUGGUAAAAAGAUCAGCUCUCAAGAUCGCAUUGCGGGUGCUCAUUUUUUCAGUCCUGCCCACAUCAUGCCUCUUUUGGAGAUUAUACGAACUGAUAAAACUUCUCCACAAGUGAUUCUUGAUCUGAUAACUGUUGGUAAAAUCAUAAAGAAGGCUCCCGUUGUGGUGGGCAACUGCACAGGCUUUGCAGUGAAUAGAACAUUCUUCCCAUAUUCACAGGGUGCCAGUUUGUUGGUCAACUUGGGCGUUGAUGUUUACAGAAUUGACAGAUUGAUACGCAGCUUUGGCUUUCCAAUCGGUCCUUUCCAGCUUGCGGACUUAGCUGGCUAUCAAGUUUCUUUUGCUACAUCCAAAGUAUUUGCCGAUGCUUUUCCUGAUCGCGUAUUUAAAUCUUCAUUGCUUGAUCUUAUGAUCAAAUCUGGGCGAAAUGGCAAAAACAAUGGGAAAGGUUACUACAUUUAUGAAAAGGGUAGCAAGCCAAAACCUGAUCCUUCAAUACAACCAAUCAUCGAGGAGUCUAGAAGACUUUCCAAUAUUAUGCCCAAUGGAAAGCCUAUAUCUGUUACCGACCAAGAGAUUGUGGAGAUGAUUCUCUUUCCAGUAGUAAAUGAGGCAUGCCGUGUUUUAGAAGAUGGAGUUGUUAUUCGAGCAUCAGACCUUGACAUAGCAUCUGUUCUUGGAAUGAGCUUCCCCAAUUACCGAGGUGGCCUUGUUUUCUGGGCAGAUUUGGUUGGGGCUAAUCAUAUCUAUACCAGCCUAAAAAAGUGGACACAAUUAUAUGGUAACUUCUAUAAGCCCUCAAAGUAUUUGGAAGAAAGAGCGCUCAAAGGCAUUCCUUUGAGUGCACCUGCUUCAUCUACUCCAAAGCCAGUGGCGCGUCUAUGAUGAAAGCUAAUUGUUCCAGCAUGUUGGGUGUUCCUUCUACCAUAGAAAAUGUAAAAAAAAAAAAAAAAAAACAUUUGCUUUUUUCUUCCUAGUUUAAAUAAUAUGGUAAAAUUGGUUUUGCAAGAAGAAAAUCUUACUGAUCAAAGUCCUUUUCCAGUAGUUGGGAUUCAAAGUCCAUGCUGAAAAAGUGUAAACAUAUUUUCUUGAAGUUAAUGCGUUUUGAUUGAACAUAUUGAUCUACAAGCUUGUUUGGAUUUGCAGCA